AUGGAAGGUAAUUGGAAUCAUCCUAACAACUCCGAGCAUAAUCGUCAUCAUGUGACUGUUCCAGGUUUGUAUUCACUUCUAGGGAUAAUCAGUUAGAGAUUUAUUCAUCAAAACAUUACAAAAUGCAUGAUACUAUUUUGAUAACACAAAAAUAACAAAUUUUCCUAUUUUUCAAAUGUUUCGCAAUACUUUGUUGCACGAACCUCUAUCUAACGCAAAUCUAUUAUCCAGGUGUUUUCACCGAAUCAACCCAAUAUCCAGGGAUAUAUCAAGAUGUUGGCUAUCAAAUGGGGCAUUCCAAUCAACAUCAAGCGCACCCACGUCAACAAAAUCAUCCCCAACAAAACCCACACCAAUAUUCUCAACAGCAACAGCAACAAAUGUAUAACGAAUACAUGUAUCAACAACAAAUUUUGCGCCAACAACAGCAACACCUUCAACGUCAUCAACAGCAUCAACAAAGUGAGCGAACUAACAGUUUAUCAGUUCUUUAUGUUCUGUUUUUUGCGUUCUACGAAACAAGCCAUGUGUACAAUUGAUUGAAUUUGAAAGAAUAAUUUUUCAGACUAUCAAGUGCAAAUGAAUAAACCAACAUUCCGUUUUAACGCUGAUGCUCGAGCAUUUGUACCUCAACGAGCACCCCCACCGCAACAACAGCAUUAUAAUUAUUAUCAACCGCAACCACAACCACAACCGCAACAACAUCAAUAUCAGGAUGCAUAUCAGGUAAUCCAAGGUUUCCAAAAAGGUCUUAUUAGGCCGAAUUCAGAAUAAAAUUUCGGCCGCUGAAAAUUCUUCAAUAAAUUAGUGUGCUUUGACCAAGUGACAGCUUUUUGGGCUGUUCGACCUUACCAAAAAUAUCAUCAACCGUCUACUGUCCUUUCUAAAUUUAAACUAAUCAUAAAACCUUUUCAAAAUCCUUCCUGAAGCUUCCACGUAUUUCACGUUUUGUUUCAGAGCUCUUUUCAAUAACCUAUUUUUAAGUAAUAGAAAAUCUCGAAUUUCAUUUUAAUUUUAUUACAAAACACGAAUUUUGUUAUACAAAUGAAACAGAAAAAAGGAUAGAUUGUCUCGUUCCGUUGAAUUGUUUACACUGUCCGUUUCAACCCGGCCGCCUUUCUCGUUAGCCUCUUUUUUUUGUCUUUUUCUAUGUGUGUGUUUUUGAAAUGAGCAUCGAUUUUCAUCACUAUUCGGGAGGAAAAUUAUGAUCAAUCUGUUCUCUCUCAAAAAAAUAUGAAAUAAAAUAAAAUUGAUCGAUUUUGUGUUCGAGAGAAAGAGAGGACAAUUUUCCCUUUUUCUCGUAUGCGAAAAGCUGUUUUUUCAACGGUCUGUUUCUCUUUUCUCUCUCUCAAUUCAUCCUUUUUUCUGUCGUUGUCCACUAAAUACGUUUAUUUUUUUGUUUUUUGUAAAAUGAUUGACUGUUGUCACAAAAAUCGAAAGGUUCAAUUUUCAAAAAUAAGAAACGUGACAUUGAAAAUGAAUCAUGAUUUUUUCCAGCAACAUUCAUACGCAAAUCCUCCACAGCAACCACAGCAACAACAAAUGUAUUAUGAUAACAAUGUGAUUGAUGCUUUUGCCCAAUUCGGGCAACAUCAAGAACAAUAUCAUCCAUCAGUUGCACUUCAUGAUCAAAUCCUUGAUUGUAAGGCUGCACAUCUUCUCAAUGAGGUAAAUCAUAAAAUUGUUUGAAAACUUCUAUAUUUUUUUCAAGAUACAAGUUGGAUUAGAACAGUUAUUGCAUGAUGGAGAAGAUGAUUCGAGUACUUGGGCAACUGCCAUAAAACAACGAUUUGAGAUGGAUCAAAUGGAUGAUGAAUCAAAAAAGGUUGCUGUUAAGUUGAUUUUGGAAAUGGCAUAUUCGAUGGAACCAAAUAUGAUUCGGCGAUCUGAUCCUCAAUAUACUCUUGGUUGUCUUAUUCAAACACUUGUUAAAGAGAUUCCAAAUUUCACGCGAAAUAUUCUUUUCCCAGUUCUUCAAGAAUAUCAUAAUUCAAGAACUACAUUGGAAAAUGAUUCGCAAGUUCUUUUGGCUGUUUUCUAUUCUGAACUUUUCAUCAAAGUUACAUUGGAAAAUGGAAGCAGAAUAGAACAAAUUGGAUCAGCGCUUUGUGAACAAUUAUCUGAUAUUACACGAUUGAAUGCAACUGAUUCAUAUAUGAAAAGUGUUAUGAGAAUUUUCAAAUUGACCGGAGCUGAACUUGAUAAUGUACCGUCUUUGAGAAGUCAAGUUGAUGAUAUUUUGACAAGAAUGGGAGGAAUUGCAAAAGGAGCACCAUCAUUGUCAGAGUAUGUUUUUUGAUUAAUGUUUCAUUAUUUAAAAAUAACAAAUAUUUUUUUCAGAAGUAUUAAAGUUCAAAUUCAAACUUUAAUUGAUUGUCGUCAACGUGGAUGGGAUCGUGCACCAGUUUCACGAGUCGCUCCAACAACUUCAGGAAAUAAUUAUCAAUCAGAAGAUGAUGAUUCAUUCAUCAAUGAAUUGACUGAAGACGAACGGCAGUUUUUGGAAAGUCAAAUUGAUUUGUUGGAAUCAAAAGAUGGUAGGUUAUCCUUUAUAUUUUGUGUUCAUUUCCUAAUUUUUUCAGGAGGAGAAGAUGAAUUAGACGAUCAAGAAGUUAUGAAGGAAUUUGGAAAGUUUGUCAAAGAAGAAAUCGAAAGAGCUGAGGUUUGUUUUUCUUUUUUGUCCAUGUUAUUUUCGAAAAAAAGCUAUGACUAUCCUUUUUGUCCAAUGUCCCAUGUUAUCUAUGCUUUUUUAGGAUCAAAAAACAUCAGAGUUGUUGAAUAAUUUGAACGUGGAAGAGAAGAAGAGUGAAGAGUCUAAUGAAGAUAAAUCGACAUGA